AUGUCGAUAACUACAGAAGUUGUUUCUGUCAACGGUUUAGAUUCAGGCUCUACGAGCUCAUCGAUGUCUAUCCGAGCUACCAAGCGCAAAUUCGACGAUGCCCUCCAAAGCCUCGACAGUGCCGUAGCUCCAAUGAAACUUUUACCUGAAAGGCCAACAGCUCCCAAACGACCACACAUGACCCGCUCUCUCUAUUCUACGCUUGCCAAGCAUGGGAUCCAGACCAACAUACCAAAACCACCCAUCGAUACUCCGGAUAAGCAUGAUAUUUCUAAGGCAGCUCCUCACCUGGCUGCGAUCUUGGCACGCUCCAAGAGUAAAGGAGCCACCCCUUUUGCACACCCCAGCCUUCCGGCAUCGGCAUCGCUCGCCUCGGAAUACCGACCAUCUUCCACUCAGUCAUUUUUAUCCCGUCUAUCGACCUACAAGUUGUCGACAUACGCAAAUAAGCCGCCCCAAAUUGACGCUGUGGCUGCAGCGAAGUGCGGUUGGAUAAACGAUAGCAAAGACAGGCUAGUGUGUGGGAUUUGCGACGUUUCAUGGGUUGUCGCGGGGCGAGACGGCAUGACACGAGAAGCCGCCAAUGCCCUUGUUGAGAAGCAGCGCAUCCAGUUAGUAGAGAUGCACAAGGACGGAUGCCCUUGGCGUAGUAGGCAGUGUGAUUCGUCGAUUUACCGCGUGCCGCUGCAAGCACCCGCUGCCAUGGCACGGGACAUCAAAUCCAAUGCGCUCGCUCUAGAGCCUCUGUUGACAGAUGUCGUGAUUAAAUAUCCAUUGUCGGCUUCUCAGCUUGUCUCGCUUCGUUCAGCAAUUGCCUCAGUCAAACCUCCUCAGGCGCAAUCCGAAUCUGAGAAUGAGUCAGCAAUGCACGUUGAUGCAGGCCCUGAGCCAUCUGAUACCGCAAUUGUGACUGCCCUCUUCGGCUGGUCAUUGGCUCCGCCUGCUCCUCCAUCGGAACGUAAUCGCACACCAUCAUUUUCUAGAAUAGCUACCAUGUCCAGACCAGCUUCCCCAACUCUAUCUAGAUCUUCAUCAGUUUCGCGUACCGUUCAGUUCGGGCGGGCAGAUUCGCCGUCUUCGAGGCCCUCUUCCCCCCUUACUAGUGUCUCACAGUUGGGGGGUACACCUUUGCGCACGCGUAUGCCGCGGCUGAGCGAGAUCGGGAGAAGCACCCGGGAUACAUCUCUUCUGCAUUGUUCCUUGUGCCAACGACGCGUCGGCCUUUGGGCAUUCACACCUCAGUCUACUCCAUCACUAGACAGCAGCCCGCUACCACAACCAUCGACGAAGAAGAGGCAGUUUGAUGUGUUAAAUGAACAUCGAUCGUAUUGCCCAUUCGUCGUUCCCUCGACGGUGGUACCGAAACUGCCCAUGCCUUCUACCUCACCUCUUUCUGCAAAUGUAGCAGCGAAUGGCGCAAUCGAGGGGUGGCGUGCUGUGCUGACUGUUGUGCUUCGACACGGAUUGAGUGAGCGGCAGCGGAAUGCACGCUUAUCACUUCUCGGAGGUGAUCGUGAAAUAACGCAUGGCACUGAUGACGAGCUUGAAGGCGUAGAAGCUAUGGUAGCGGGAGUAAAGAGCAAAGGGGGACGGGAACUAUUGAAAUAUGUCAAAGGACUGUUGGGUUGA